AUGGGUUUGCCUGUUAAUUCCACGUCAGAUUUAUAUGAAGAUACUAGUGAAGGCGUUGGAUUGGGUUGCUGUUUAGUACUUUUUACAGAAUGGAAACAAGUUCUUGGAUUUAUUGAUGAAUUACCAGAAAUUUAUACAAAUGACAGUCAAAGUGAAAAGUCAUAUGAACAAUUUAAAUACAUACUUACUCAAUAUACAGAACAACCUCAUUUGAUUGAUCCCUAUUUGUGUGAAAUACUAGAAAAAAUUUUAUCUAUUGUGCGAGAUACUACAAAACCAUCACAAUUAAAACAUAAAACAUUUCGCUAUUUAUUUCUAAUAGUUAGUGUUAGAGGUUAUAAAGUUGUUUUGCAAAAUUUACCACAUGAGGUAAGGUUACAUAAAUUAAAAAACUAAAAUAUUGUACUUGUUAUAAGAUACUAAUUUACAAUUAUUUUAAUAUUUCAAGGUUUCUGAUUUAGAAAAAGUUUUAAAAAUGUUAGAAGAACAAAAUGAAUCUGAUCACAAUUCUUGGGAAACUCGAUACUGUCUUUUAUUGUGGCUUUCUAUUAUUGUUAUCAUACCAUUUGAUAUGCGUAAAUUAGAUGGAACAAUGCAUCUGGAGAGUAAAACUACUUUACAAAGGUUUGUAAAAAAAAAAUAAAAAAUAAUAAUAAAUAAUAAAUGUCUUAUAUUUAAACAUUAUUCUAUCCAAUAUUAUUAAAAAAAAAUGUCCUAUUAUUUAGGUUGGUUGAUGUAGUAAUGAAAUAUUUAAGUUCUGGUGAUGCUUGUAGAGAUAUGGCUACAGUUUUAGCUACUCGUCUAUUUACACGAUCUGAUGUAAAAGAAUCUCAUCUUUCGAUUUUUCUAGAUUGGGUAAAAUCGGUAAGUAUGUAUUUAGAAAAAAUUGAAUUAUUAAUAUUAGAUUUUUUUAUACUCUAUAUAUUAUGUACUUAUAGAAAAUAUCAGGUAAAAAAGCGACUCGGUGGGAGAGGCUUGGUGCAAUGAGUAGUAUUGCUGCCAUUUUUAAAGCUGCUAGACGAGAGGAUGCUCAACAAUUUGUAGAAGACAUUUUUGAAUGCCUAAAACAAUCACAAUGUAAAAGUGACUCAUUAAGAUUGACACGAAAAUAUUAUAUGAAAAUUGUACAAAGAGCUGGUUUGUAUUUUAAAUAUGUUUGCUAUUAUUAUUACUAAUUUUAAAAUCAUGUUCUAUUUAUAAAGGUUUAACAUUACUAAAAGUUCGAAUUGCGGCUUGGCGCUACGAUCGUGGUACUAGAUCAUUGGAAAAGAAUUUACUGAGUACUGAAACUAGAACACUUGAAAAAAAUGUUGUACAUAACGUAGAUGAUGAUGAUGAUGAUGAUGAUGAUGAUGUUUCUCCUCUUUUGGAAGACAUCAUACAAGAAUUAAUGGAGGGUUUGAAAGACACCGAUAUUAUUGUUAGGUAUAUAAUUGAAAUUAUAAAUUGUUUUUUAAUUAUUAUUUAAACAUUUUAUUUAUACAGAUAUUCAGCUGCUAAGGGCAUAGGUCGAAUAACAGGACGACUGUCAAAAACUUAUGGAAACGAAGUUGUAAAUGCUGUAUUAAGUUUAUUAAGUCCCGAAGAAAAUGAUAAUGCAUGGCACGGAGGAUGUUUAGCACUUGCUGAAUUAGGUAUAUUUAAUAUCUCAGUAUUUAUUAUAUUUGUUACAAAAUUGAAUGUAUUCAAUUAUUUUUAAGGUCGCCGUGGUUUACUUCUGAGUGAAAAUUUACCCCUUGUUGUGCCUGCUGUUAUAAAAGCUUUAGUUUAUGAUGAACCAAAGGGUUAUACUUCUGUUGGAUCUCAUAUCAGGGAUGCAGCUUGUUAUGUCUGUUGGUCUUUUGCCAGAGCAUUUAGUACUAAUGAUAUUCAGCCAUAUGUUGAAGAAAUUGCUGGUGCAUUAUUAGCGGUAGCCUGUUAUGAUAGAGAAGUAAAUAAAAAAAUAUUCAGAACACCUAAAUUAGUAGUAUAUUAAAUUAUUUUGAUUUUUAGUUAACAUGUCGAAGAGCAGCUUCGGCAGCAUUUCAAGAAAAUGUAGGCCGUCAAGGAACAUUUCCUCAUGGGAUUGAAAUUGUUACAGCAGCAGAUUAUUUUUCUGUUGGAAUGCGUAAUAAUGCUUAUUUAGAAGUCAGCAUUUUUAUUGCACAAUAUAAAGAAUAUGAUAAACUCCUUAUUCAACAUUUGCUGGAAAAAAAAAUAGUUCAUUGGGACACAUCAAUACGUGAAUUAGCUGCAACGGUAUGAUUUCAAUUCUUAAAGCUAUUAACUGUUAUACUUAAAAUAAUUUUACUUCUAUAGGCUUUGGGAAAACUCGUAGAAUUAAAGCCUUUAAAAGCUAAAGAAUUUGUUUUACCAGAAUUACUGUUAUUAACAGAAACAUCAAACAUUAACAAGCGGCAUGGAAGUGUUAUGGCUAUUGGUGAAGUAUUGCAUGGAAUAUCAAAAACUCUUGAUCCUAAUGAAGAAUUAGAUGUGAACAUUUUAGAAAAAAUCAUAAAUCUAGUUCUAAAUCUAAAGAAUCAUGGAAAAUUAAAAGGCAUUAGUAGUGAAUUAGUAAAAAUGGCAUGUUGUCAUCUUAUUAAACUAAUAUCUACUAGCAAAAUCAUUGUUAAUGAUAAACAAAUUAUUGGUAAAAAUAAUUUAAAAAUUGAUUCCGUUAAAUAAUUCAUUUUUAUAGUUUCUUGGUUUUUUUUUUAGAUGAAUGGAGAUUAUUAUUAGAGGAUUGUUUGUCAAAUGAAUUAUUAGAGUUGCGAAAUAAAGCUGCACAAGCUAUUGGUCCUCUAUUUGAAAAUUAUUAUAUUCCCGAGUCUCCUGAUAUUGAUACUAUAAUUAACUUGUAUGUACACAAAUUAUCAUCAGGUCACAUGAUGGAACGGAUAGGUUAUAGUUUAGGGCUGGGUUCGCUGUCUUCUUCAUUUAUUAAUAAUUACAUCCAAAUUAUAUGGAUGGGUCUCAUAGAUUGUACAAAAAUUACCAGACAGACAAUCAAGUGGGCAGAAUCUCGAAGAGAUGCUAUAAUUUCUAUAACAAAAAUUUGGACUAAACUAAUUGAGAAACCUUGUAUGUUGUAUUUUGUGAAAUUUCUAAUUAAUGAUAUGAUUUUUAUUUUAAAUAAAUGUUUGUUUCAGGCUAUGUGAAUAAUUGUAUAGAAUAUUCAAAUAUAGUGAUACGUUGUUUGUUAGAUUGUGCUUUAGAAUAUACUAUGGACCAUAGAGGUGAUAUUGGAGUAUGGGUCAGAGAAGCUGCUAUCAAUAGUUUAGAAGUAUAUUUUACUAUUUUACAAAAAAUAGGAUUAUAUUUUAAUCUUAUUUAUAAAAUUAUUAGGUAGUUGUAUUAAAUUUGACUGAUAUCCAACCUAGCAAACUAGAUGAAAAUACAAUUAAACAAAUUAUGUGUGCUUUAAUAAGGCAAGGUGUUGAUCGUAUUGACAAAAUUCGAGGGCUUUCAUGUAUGGCUAUCACAAAUUUACUGCACAGGUAAGAAUAUAUUUUUAUUAUAACUGAAUAUAAGUAUACGUUCAUUUUUCUUUCUCCUUAUAUUUCCACUUAGCUAUUUGGUGUCAGCCUUCCAUCUUUAUAGUAAAAUGUAUCAGAUUACCUAAACAUAAAUUUAAUGUUUUUAUAUCAUGUUACUUGAUUUUAAUUUUUAGAUAUUAUUGUUGAUAUCAGUGGUGCAUAUCUAAGACCUUUUUUAUUUUGGGUGGGGGAUAUGAAUAUUUGUUAAAAAUAUCACGUUGAAAUUAUAUUGAAACAACUAUAUUAAUUACCUCACAAAUAUUGAUUCAGUUCCCUAACAGACAUCUCUAAAUAGAGGUCAUUCAGUCGCACCGAACUUGAAGUACUGAUAAUGGUACUAAAGGUGAGAAAUAUACAUAGUAUGAGUAGUAUUUUGUAGAACAUACAACAAUACAAAAUAGUACUAUGAAUUAUGUAAUAUAUUAUAUUCAAAGAAAGCCAGUAUAUGUAUGACCUUGUUUGGUCGACUAUUUUGAAACUACAUUGACGCCACUGCGGCCAUUCAAAUAGGAAAUGUUAUUUGGGAAUGGGUAUAUUUUUGUUACUUAUCUAUAGGAAAAUGUCUAAAUACAAGACACUUCUCCCUAUAAAAAACAAAAUACCACAACACAGCAGUCAAAAUAUUGGUAAUCAAGAGUGUAUUUAGAGGUUUCUCUGUAUUGAUAUUUUUUAUAUUUUGUAACAAAUUAAUGUAAAAAAGAAAAAAAUAUCUUAGUUCUAGACUUGUUUGGGAUAAUAUAUCACUCUUUCCUCCCUUUGAUGGGUGAUGUAUCCCCCCCUUGAAUAUGCCACUGUUGGAUAUAUAUAAAUAUAAUUUUUUUAAAUGUAAUUGUUAUAACAUUGUAGAACUUAGUUUAAAAGUACCUAAUGUAACUCGAUUCUUUAGGAAAAAAAAUACAAAUAUUGUUCCAAAUAUUGCUCAUCGGAAUGAACUAGAAAGAUUAUUUAGAAAAAAAGAUUCAUUCAAUUGGUUUACAGAGUCUGAUUCUUUUUCUGUAAUGGUCAAAUUUCUUGGAAUGCCUGAAUAUAAAUACUCAGUAUUGGUUGGUUUAUUAGUAUGUAUUGGUGGCGUUUCAGAAAGUCUAGUAAGUAUUUUAUUUUAAAAAUAUCUUGUCAAUUAACUUAAUUGAGUUCUCAUUUAUUUAGGUGAAAGAAGCUUGUCAUUAUUUCUCUGAGUACAUGAAAUCGGUUCCUGAUAAUGAAUUUGAAAAUCUAUGCAAUGAUAUAAUUGCUGUAUGGGGAGGAAGAAUAGCUGAAGUUGAUGCGGACGAACGAAUCCAUCAGUGUAUAUUAAUGUCCAUUGAACGGUUGGCUACAGCUGGAGCUUUUAAGGAUCAAUUUGAGCGAAAUGAGUCAGAAUUUGCCUCCAACAUUUUAACACUUAUAAAAAAAGAAGCAGUUUCUUCAAAAGGGUCAACGAAACUAGUAUCUUGUGUUGAAUUACUUUGUCAUUUAGUACAGGUAUAUAUUGGGUAGCAUAAUAUAUUUCCAUAAAUUUUGAGUUAUUUACUAAAAUAUUUAUUCAGGUUCCUGGACAAAUUGGUGUACGUUCAAUGACCCAACUUUCUAUAUUCCUUGCACAUCGUUUUGCCUGGUUGAGAAAAGUGGUAGCAGUUCGACUUCUAGAAGUUUUAAUUUUGUAUUCUGAUAGAUUUGAUGUACCAGAAGAAAACAUAAGUGAUGUUGUUGUGUUACUCGAUGAAGUUGAUUGGCAAGAUUCUAAUGUAGAAAAAGUGAGAGCCGAACGAAACAAAAUUUGUGGUCUGCUAAAUAUACCCAUUCCAAAAGUCAUCGUAAAAAACUAA